GGACCGUCUCUCUGUGAGAGUGGAGGAGAGGCGAAACGUAGUAGACGCGGGAAGGCUAUUUGGAAAAUGGAGGUGGAGGAAGCCAAGAUCUUGCUCGGCUUUCCUCGUGGUUCUCGUCCCGAUCCUUGUCAGGUGAAAGCUGCUUACCGGAAGAAAGUAUGGGAAUCGCAUCCUGACCUGUUUCCCGAUGAUCAGAAGAUCCUUGCUGAGUCUAAGUUCAAAUCGAUAUCUGAAGCUUACUCUUGCCUUGAAUCUGGUGAUGUCAGGGGUCAAAGAUAUUACAGAGCAGGUGUGUAUUCGAGGGUCGUUAAGACUGGAGUUCCAAGGGCAUAUGCAUCUGCCAAAAGAGGUAACCCUUGGUUGAUCGGCGCACCUUUCCUUUUGAUCGUCUUAGGAACCAUCGGACUUGGUGGAGUCAAAGCUAACAGGGCUUAUAAUCUGCAAAAACAGACGUUCCCUUCUCACAAUCCUUUUCUUCCUUGAUUCAGAGUCUCUUUCAUCACAACAUUUUGAAUCAUUGGUUAAAUAUGUACUUAUAAUAUUCCCACACAUCUUCCUUUCUUUUUUUGCAAAAAAUGAUAUGUAAAAAUUAUGAUGUUAUAUAUAUUUCCAAAUAAUUCACUGAGGUUUAUU